AUGGAGCUACUAACUUCCGGGGAUUUGAAUUUUUCGCUUGGUGCGGAGAAAACAAUUGUUAGUUCAAAAAUAGCUGUUUUCCCCAGAGUUGAAGGCUCUUCUUCCCCUUUGGUCCUUGAUGGGCAAGAUCUUAAGUUACUCUCAGUUCGAAUCAACAGCAAGGAAUUAAAGGAGGAGGAUUACUGCUUGGAUUCACGCCAUCUGACAUUAACAUCACUACCUAGUGGUGCAUUUACUUUGGAAAUUUUAACAGAGACAUAUCCUGAGAAGAACACAUCAUUAGAGGGGCUUUACAGGUCAUCCGGGAAUUUCUGUACACAGUGUGAAGCUGAGGGUUUUCGUAAAAUUACAUUCUAUCAGGACCGUCCUGAUAUAAUGGCAAAAUAUACAUGCCGCAUAGAAGCUGAUAAAUCGUUAUACCCAGUGUUGUUGUCCAAUGGAAAUCUCAUAGAGCAGGGAGACCUAGAGGUGGCUUUGAGGAUUUGGACCCCUGCUCAAGAUGUGCCAAAAACUGCACAUGCCAUGUAUUCACUUAAGGCAGCUAUGAAGUGGGAUGAGGAUGUUUUCGGUCUUGAGUAUGACCUGGAUCUAUUCAACAUUGUGGCUGUUCCAGAUUUUAACAUGGGAGCUAUGGAAAACAAGAGUUUGAAUAUCUUCAAUUCCAAACUUGUGUUGGCAUCUCCAGAAACUGCAUCUGAUGCAGACUAUGCAGCCAUUUUGGGAGUUAUUGGCCACGAGUAUUUCCAUAACUGGACUGGCAACAGAGUGACAUGUCGUGAUUGGUUUCAGCUUAGCUUAAAGGAGGGUCUAACUGUUUUCCGUGAUCAGGAAUUUUCAUCUGAUAUGGGGAGUCGCCCUGUAAAGCGGAUUUCUGAUGUUUCCAGACUUAGAAAUUAUCAGUUCCCACAGGAUGCUGGUCCCAUGGCUCAUCCUGUGCGGCCACAUUCUUACAUCAAGAUGGAUAACUUCUAUACAGUGACGGUGUAUGAAAAGGGAGCUGAAGUAGUCAGGAUGUACAAAACUUUACUUGGAAGUCAAGGGUUCCGAAACGGCAUGGAUCUUUACUUCAAGAGACAUGAUGGACAAGCUGUAACCUGUGAAGACUUUUUUGCUGCCAUGCGAGAUGCUAACAAUGCAGAUUUUGCUAAUUUCUUACUAUGGUACUCACAAGCUGGGACCCCAGUUGUCAAAGUUGCAUCCUCUUAUAAUGCUGAAGCCCGCACAUUUUCUUUGAAGUUUAGUCAAGAGGUACCACCAACUCCAGGGCAGCCCAUUAAAGAACCCAUGUUCAUUCCUGUGGCGGUAGGUUUGCUCGACUCAACUGGCAAGGAGGUGCCUCUUUCCUCCGUGCAUCAUGAUGGGACAUUGCAGUCUGUUGCUAACAAUGGUCAGCCAGUCUACACAACAGUUCUUAGAGUAACGAAGAAAGAAGAAGAGUUUGUCUUCUCAGAUGUAUCUGAGCGGCCAAUUCCAUCUUUGCUCCGGGGCUAUAGUGCACCUAUUCGUCUAGAAACUGAUCUCACAGAUAGUGAUCUAUUUUUACUCCUUGCUUAUGAUUCAGAUGAAUUCAACCGUUGGGAGGCUGGGCAAGUGCUGGCGCGCAAGCUGAUGCUCAGUUUGGUUGCUGAUUUUCAACAAAACAAACCUUUGGUUUUGAAUCCAAAGUUUGUGCAUGGGCUCAGAAGCAUACUAUCUGACUUAAGCUUGGAUAAAGAAUUUGUUGCAAAGGCAAUCACUCUGCCAGGUGAAGGAGAAAUAAUGGACAUGAUGGAAGUUGCCGAUCCUGAUGCUGUUCAUGCUGUUCGUACUUUUAUCAGGAAGCAGCUUGCCCAUGAACUGAAAGCAGAGCUUCUUAGCACAGUUGAAAACAACAGGAGCACUGAAGAGUAUGUGUUUGACCACCCUAAUUUGGCUAGGCGUUCUCUGAAGAAUAUUGCUCUUGCAUAUCUUGCAUCCCUUGAAGAUUCAAGGUGUACUGAGCUUGUGCUGAAUGAGUAUAGGAGUGCUACAAACAUGACUGAUCAGUUUGCAGCUUUAGCAGCAAUAGCACAAAACCCUGGUAAAACUCGUGAUGAUAUUCUGGCCGACUUCUAUAGCAAGUGGCAGGAGGACUAUUUGGUUGUGAAUAAAUGGUUUGCACUUCAAGCCAUGUCUGACGUUCCCGGUAAUGUAGAGAAUGUGAGGAACCUUUUAAGCCACCCAGCAUUUGACUUGCGCAACCCAAACAAAGUGUACUCACUCAUUGGAGGUUUCUGCGGUUCUCCUGUGAAUUUCCAUGCAAAGGAUGGGUCAGGCUACAAGUUUUUGGGAGAAAUUGUGAUGCAAUUGGAUAAAAUAAAUCCUCAGGUGGCCUCCCGCAUGGUAUCGGCCUUCUCAAGGUUUAGGCGCUAUGAUGAAACCCGGCAAAAUCUUGCCAAGGCACAGCUGGAGAAGAUACUGGCUACCAAUGGACUGUCCGAAAACGUGUUUGAGAUUGCCUCCAAGAGCUUGGCUACUUAA